GCUUGUAGAUUGUAAAUUGUGCGUCGUUUUUCAAAGCUUGACGUUCUGAUGAUUCGUAUUAUUUAUAUUACAUUUAUAUGAAUGGUGAUUAUGAUUUGCGUCAGAUUUAUUUGCACGCUCAUGCCAUGUGCGUUUGAUUGCUGCUGACGUUUGGAGUUGAACUCAGGCGCACAACAUUGAGCCGUGCAUGAGAGCAUAAGCAUGAAUUACGCUCGCUUUCUGACAGCUGUGAGCGCAGCAAGAAAACCAUCAGCUAUUCGCUUACUGACUGAGCUGCAGCAGCGAUCUCCUCCGUCUCUGAUCUCUCUGGCUGGAGGAGCUCCCAAUCCCAACACCUUCCCGUUCCAGUCGGCCAGCAUUAAAGUGAAGGGAGGAGAUGCUGUGGUUUUGGAUGAGACGCUGAUGAAGAGAGCGCUGCAGUACUCCGGCUCAUACGGUAUUCCAGAGCUGGUCUCAUGGAUGAAGGAUCUUCAGAAAAGCCUCCACAAUCCUCCCACAGCCGGCUAUAGUCCAGAGAGAGGACAGAUGGAGAUGUGUGUCACCACUGGCAGUCAGGAGGGCCUCUGCAAAAUAUUUGAGAUGCUUGUCAGUUCUGGAGACAACGUCCUCCUUGAUGCUCCCACAUACUCAGGAACCCUGGCAGCCCUGCAGCCGCUGGGCUGCAACAUCAUUAAUGUGCCAAGCGAUCAACAUGGCAUGAUCCCAGAAGGCCUCAGGAAGGUUCUGGCACAGUGGGACCCUACAGACACACAAAAGCCGGGCAGCACCGCACCAAGAGUCUUGUACACCAUCCCCAAUGGAGGCAAUCCGACAGGAGCGUCCAUGACUUAUGAGAGGAAACAGGAUGUCUAUGAACUUGCCAGGACAUAUGAUUUGCUUAUCAUUGAGGAUGACCCGUAUUAUUUCCUGCAAUUUCAAAAACCGUGGGCUCCAACAUUUCUCUCCAUGGACGUAGACGGACGCGUCCUCCGAACGGAUUCCUUCUCUAAGAUUCUGUCAUCGGGGUUACGGAUCGGUUUCGUCACUGGGCCGAAGCCGUUAGUGGACCGAGUGGUGCUGCACAUCCAGGCCUCUACGAUGCACACCAGCACCUUCACACAGCUCAUCGUCUCUCAGCUGCUCCAUAACUGGGGUCAAACUGGUUUUCUCAGCCACAUUGAUGGGGUGAUUGAGUUUUACAGAUCUCAGAGAAACGCCAUGCUCUCCUCAGCAGACAAAUGGCUCAGAGAUGUAGCCGAGUGGCAUCGUCCCAUGGCUGGCAUGUUCCUGUGGAUUAAACUCAAGGACAUUAAAGACACACAGCGGCUGAUCAUGGAGAGAGCGCUAGAGAAAGAGGUUCUUCUGGUUCCUGGAGGAGUGUUCAACAUCAACAGCUCAGAUCCGUGUCCGUAUGUUAGAGCGGCCUUCUCUCUCUCCACACCUCAACAGAUCGAUGAGGCUUUUAGGAGACUCGCUGAUCUUAUCAAGGACGCCAUGUGAGCCGUUGAUCUCCAGGAAGGAGGAAUUAUGGGUCUGAUGUUUUUAAUGUCCAGUAUCAUCAGUUAAAUGCUGCUGUCACAUGCCACAUACACAGACUGUAUCUGCCCAAUUCUCUGCCUUUUUUGCACAACAACAAACCCGUUUUUCCUUCGAGUCAGUACCAGAUGAACAAAUUUGAAUGUUUAAUAACACUAUUUCAAGAUUCAAGUUUUAUUCUUUAAAUUUUUAAGAAUUAUUGAAGUUGGUUUACAGUGCAAUUGCAGCUGCUGUCUACAUGGAGGCACUUCAUGUGAUUUUAAAACUGGUUUAUUGUGUAAAAUGUUUAACCAUAAGAAGGUGAAGGUCAAGUGAUUGUAUUUAGUUGUAAUAGUCCGUUAUUUUAAACCUCCAUGUUGAAUUGUGAAGGUUUAAGCCGUUGAUUUCUGUGUCUUCAUUAGUGACUAGUUAGCUGCUGUUAACUCAAGCUGUUUUCAACACAAAUGAUGAGUUAAUGUAUUGAAAUGUUUCAUGUAGCAGCUUUUAAAAUGACAUUAAGCUAAUGGACUCUCAUCACAGACUGUGAUGAUGCAUUUCUGCAAUUCUUUUUUAAAUUAACGUACAUUUUCAUCACCAUACCUUGCGACUGCAAGUUUGACAUACUCUCUAUUUUUUUUUUUGUAAUUUCUAAAAGUCAUGGGAAUGCAAUACUGGAUUUUUUUUCUCUCAAAGCAAAUGGUAAUGUAAAAUUAUAUUUGCAAGGGCCUCCCAUAUACACCUAUAGAAUUGUACCCUACUGUAGUUUUCUUCUGUCUUCCAGAAACAUGAAAAGGGUGAUCACCAUUUGACUUAAUUUUAGUACAUAUUUAUGUAUGUAGUUGUUUGUAGUCCUUUGGACUUGCAUGUAAUUGUGCAUGCCAGACAUUUCUGACAGAAAAGGGAUCAAUAAAUCAUUAAACGCA